AUAAAAGAACUCCUCACCAACUCUAUCGAGUUAUCGACAGAUCCAUAUCUAGAUGCCAGUGGCCAUGGAGCAGCAGCAGAGACACCAAAAGAUGGCAGAAGAACACGAAGAAGUCGAAGAGAUACAGCACGGUCCUUUUCCGAUCGAACAGCUUCAGGCAUCUGGCAUAGCUUCCAUUGAUGUGAAAAAGCUUAAGGAUGCAGGCCUAUGCACAGUUGAAUCUGUUGCUUACUCUCCCAGGAAAGAUCUUCUGCAAAUUAAAGGAAUUAGUGAGGCUAAAGUUGAUAAAAUCAUAGAAGCAGCCUCCAAGUUGGUUCCUUUGGGUUUUACUAGUGCUAGCCAACUCCAUGCACAGAGGCUUGAAAUCAUCCAAAUAACAUCAGGAUCAAGAGAACUUGACAAAAUUCUAGAGGGAGGCAUUGAGACUGGAUCCAUAACUGAAAUAUACGGUGAAUUCCGCUCUGGAAAGACACAAUUGUGCCACACACUCUGCGUCACAUGUCAACUUCCACUGGAUCAAGGGGGUGGAGAGGGAAAAGCAAUGUAUAUUGAUGCAGAGGGCACAUUCAGGCCACAGAGACUCUUACAGAUUGCGGACAGGUUUGGACUGAAUGGGGCUGAUGUUUUGGAGAAUGUGGCUUAUGCAAGGGCUUACAACACUGAUCAUCAGUCAAGGCUUUUGCUGGAAGCAGCUUCUAUGAUGGUUGAGACCAGGUUUGCGAUUAUGAUAGUGGAUAGUGCUACAGCCCUUUACAGAACUGAUUUUUCUGGAAGAGGGGAGUUAUCUGCCAGACAAAUGCAUCUUGCAAAGUUCCUAAGGAGUCUUCAGAAAUUGGCAGAUGAGUUUGGUGUUGCAGUUGUUAUUACAAACCAGGUUGUUGCACAAGUGGAUGGUUCUGCCAUAUUUGCUGGCCCCCAAAUCAAACCUAUUGGUGGAAACAUCAUGGCUCAUGCUUCUACAACAAGACUCGCACUUCGCAAGGGAAGAGGGGAGGAACGCAUAUGUAAAGUAAUAAGUUCUCCAUGUUUGGCAGAAGCAGAAGCACGGUUUCAGAUCUCAGCAGAAGGUGUUACUGAUGUUAAGGACUGAUGAAACUCAACUUGAUUUCUUCUCAAUGACUGGCUUCCCUCACUAAAGGUCUAUAGACCCAUCACAUCUCUCUUUUCUGGUACAUAGAGCUUUUUUAUGGACAUAUGUCAAAAUGCUUUGUCAUAGUUUCAUCCUGUCAAAUACAAGGUAACUAGAAAACAAACAGUUAGGGACUGGGUUAAGAUGCGGUCUACAGUAAUAUUUCUGAUGUGAAUACCAUAUAGAAACCCCCCCCCCCCCCUUUAUCAGCUUUAACAAUCAAAAGCAUUUUACUAGUGUAAAUGCUCUUACCCAGUUAAAUGUUUCCCAGGAAAAACUUACCUAGGUAAUUGCAUUUACCCAGAUAAAUAACUUACCAAAAA